UCCCCUCUUCUCUUGUUUUCUCUUCUUCUUUUCCGUCGAAUUUUCCCUUGCUUCUGCCUUUCCGCGUGUGCCGGCUUGCGACCUGCUUCUUCUCGUUCGUUUCUGCGAAUCUUCAGUCGCCGCCGCUGACUGCUCCGUUGAGGAUUUCUCCGUUCCUUGUGGCAGUUGUGCUCUCGGGGAAAGCCGUCUUUGUUUGUCUGCCAUCGGCCUCUUGAUUCGCUCUUGAAAGGCAUCGGUUCGCGCCUCAGUUGCUCUUCUCCUCGGACUGCUUUCUCCUCUCCUUAUCCUGCCUCCAAAAUGUCUACUCUUGCAGAGUCGUUUCUGUGCGACUUGCAAGAUCUUGAAGAAGAUGAAGACGACGAGCUUGAAUCCUCUGCUCUCACCCAUGCCCCAGAUGCCUCGCCAUCUGUGGGAAAGGAAGACACGGGGGGCUUGCUUGGAGCGCCUGCCUCGGCUGUCGAUGUUUCAGAAGCGAAAAGUUCCGAACAGAAAGUCGAAGAAGACGACCUGGACUCACCCAUUCCAGACGCGGUGCAGGAAUACGAACAAAGACAGCAGGAGAACUAUGUGGGCGUUGUCGUCAGCGACUUGAUGCUUCAGCCGGAUUUCCUCGAGCUCCUCGACCGCGUCAGAGCUCUCACUCCGCAAGACGCCGAGAACGAUAACGAGGAACUCCACCUGAUUGAAAAGUGCAAUGAGCGAGUCAUCGACAUCGACAAAGACAUCUUGAAUAUUCACAAAUUUAUCAAAGACAUCUACAGCAUGAAGUUCCCUGAGCUUGAAUCGAUUGUCCAGAGCCCUCUCGAGUACAUCGGUGUCGUCCUCCGCAUCCAAAACCAGACGGACUUGACACAAGUGGAUCUUUCGGAUCUCCUGCCUUCCCCCACGAUCAUGGCGCUGACUGUCGCUGCGUCGCUGUCUGUCUCCUCGUCGUCUUCGUCUUCCUCAGGACGCCGCCUGCCAGACGAGGAGUUUUGUCAUGCCAUCGCCGCAGCCAAGGAGGCGAUCGCUCUCGCAGAAAAACGCAAAGAGAUUCUGCAGUACCUCGAGAGUCGCAUGAGUUUGAUUGCUCCGAACGUCUCGGCGAUUCUUGGCGCGGCAUUAGCUGCGCGUCUCCUCACUCGCGUCGGAGGCCUAAAAAUGCUCGCGAAAAUGCCUUCUCAGAACAUCAUGCUGGUCGGCUCUCAGAAGAAGACUUCCUUCUCUUUGUCGUCCAAGGCCGGCGCGACUGGCAGCGCCGCUGGACCGUCCGCUUCGCUUCUCUGCUCGUGUGAAAUUCUUCUUUUGACUCCUGUCGCGUUUCGGACGAGAGCGCUAAGACUCCUCGCAGGCAAAGUGUCUCUCGCCGCUCGCGUCGACUUUUUCGGCCAGUCCAAAGAGGGAGAAAAAGGCAAGGCAAUGCGAGAGGAAAUCGUUCGCGCCCUCAUCAAGGCGCAAGAACCGCCGCCAGCUCCGCAAAAGAAGGCGCUGCCCGCCCCCGACGAGAGAGCACGACCGAAACGUGGAGGGAAGAAGUAUCGUCGCAUGAAGGAGAAGUACGAGCUGACAGAAGUCCACAAGCAGCUGAAUCGCAUGCAGUUUGGCGUGGAGGAAGAUCAGAACGGCUUAAAAGCCAAGGGACUCGGGAUGCUAGGGAAGAGCAUUGCCAGUGGCCGUCUGAAGAUUCAGGCAAAGCAGCAAAAGAAGCUUCAGCCGAGUCGCAAGCGCCAGCAGCAGAUGAACCGCGGGGCCGGCGCAAGAGCGGGGAACGAAACGGCAGGGUGUGGAUUCUCUUCCUCCCUCACUUUUACUCCAAUUCAGGGAAUCGAGCUGUGCAAUCCGGACGCGGCCGGCGCUGCAGCGAAUCCGGCUGUUGCCAAGAAGCAAGCCGCCAACACAAAAACCAACUACUUUUCGUCCACUGGGAAGUUCACGAAGGUCGAGAAGGAUCUCGCUUCCAUGGUUCCCAAGGCGGUAUGAGCCUUCUGAAUUUGUCGCCUCUGUCUUCCGCAUGUUUUCUUUCCUCUCCCAAAAUAGCUGUCUCUCUGCCCCGUGAUCCCCGUCUCUUCCUGCGAUUUCUUUCCUUUCUGGCUAGCUCUGUCCUGUGCGGUCGUCGGCGACCUCGCUGUCUGUGGCCAAUGCAGAGCUGCAGACAUGAAGAAGGGGAAAACGAAUCUGCCUGUUUUUCCUGCCACAGCGGGCGCUCCGGAUGCUUGUUUUGUGUCGGGAGUUCCCCGGUCGACAAGAAACCUUGGCUUUUUUCUCGGGGGUUUCCGGAACUGAAUCGCCAG